AUGGAGAACCUUCAAGCCAAAGGAGGCUUUCUCCCAGGGCUCUUCCCUUCUCGCAAGAAAACUGAAUCGGCCUCAGUGAACUCGAAAGACAUGGCUGGACCUAAACCUCUCCCCUUCUUCAAGCGACUUCCUGAUAAUGUCCGCAACCACUUCAUUGCCAUGGUGGGCGAGUUCAUUGGGACGUUUCUCUUUUUGUUCAUUGCCUUCGCUGGUACCCAGGUGGCCAACACACCUCAAACCACAACCGGCUCCCAGAGCACAGACCUUCCUCAAGGCCCCGAUCCUUCACAGCUUAUGUACAUCAGUCUCUGUUUUGGCUUUUCGCUAGCUGUCAAUGCAUGGGUCUUCUACAGAAUAUCGGGUGGCUUGUUCAACCCUGCUGUUACACUUGCACUUUGCCUGAUUGGUGCAGUGCCCUUUGCACGAGGUGGUUUUGUCUUCAUUGCACAAAUGUUAGGAGCUAUGGCAUCGGCUGGCGUUAUUGCCGCGCUUUUUCCCGGUCCUCUAGCCGUAACUACGAGCUUGAGCGGAGGAACGAACCUCGCCCAAGGGGUGUUUAUCGAGAUGUUUCUGACUGCACAACUUGUUUUCACAAUCAUUAUGCUCGCGGCGGAAAAGCACAAAAGCACAUUCAUCGCACCAAUUGGUAUCGGGCUGUCCCUUUUCAUUGCUGAGUUAGCAGGAGUAUACUAUACUGGCGGAUCUCUCAACCCUGCCAGAAGCUUUGGACCGUGCGUGGCAAACCGAUCGUUUCCCAGCGAACAUUGGGUCUACUGGGUAGGACCGAUUCUGGGAGCCCUGCUUGCAGCAGGAUUCUUCUGGUUCAUCAAGUCCUGCGAGUACGAGACUGCAAAUCCGGGUCAGGACUUUGACGACCUCGAAGCCAACGUUUAUAAACCUGAGGAGGAACUCCGGCGUCCAUCUAUCAGUCAUGGUGAUCCCACCUUGAGGGUCCUCUCCCAUGUGUCAGAGGAUCGAGCAAGCGCGGCCUCGCCAAUUCUGGGCGAUAGGGCUGAAUCUCCAAACUCUACCCGUGUCCAGACCACGCAAAAUUGA